AUGGAGGCAGGCUCAUCAUCAUCAUCAUCAUCAGCAGCAGCAGCAGCAGCAGCAGCAGAGGUAGCAGCUCAAGCGCGCUCUGGCGACGUUGUUCUUUGCGUCGAUGCAGGUGGAACAAAGACGCUUGCAGUUGCAGCGUGUGUGGAAGCCCAGGACACGUUUGUUGGCCAAGCUGGUUGCGGCAACUGCGCCACAUUAGGGCUCGAAGCUGCAAGUCAGGUCAUUCUGGGUGCGGUCCGCGAUGCUCUCAUAUCGGCUGGUUUCGGCACUUUUUUUGACCUCAUCGAGGCAGGAGAAGCCGAAGGCAUCACCACACCGCCUCUCUCCGUGUCGGAUAACGACGCUUCCUCAGCAGAUGGUGAUCAAGAUUUACUUUCGCGUACCUCACCGGCAGCAACAAACACGUCCAACAUUCUUCGCCCAAGAGUAAGAGCCAUCUGGAUCGGAUCAGCCGGUCUGUCCUCGUCGGCGGUCAUCGGCAACUACAGGCAGCAACUAUCACAGCUGCUACACGAGUAUCAUCUUAUCGACGACUCGACGCCCAUCUGGAUCACCAACGAUGCCGUGCUCCUUUCGGCACCCAUGUUGCGAGAUGCAAGCACGCAGUCGUGUGUCUGUUUGAUUGCCGGUACGGGUAGCGCCGGUUUUGCGUUCCAGCGCACCACCGCUUCAUCCCCCACUUUGUCGUUAGAUGCAGCGUCGGCAACAGCAGCUGCACCAACAGCUGACACGAGCGAGAACGAAGAUCUUCCUGGCUUGACCACCGUAAGCAAGACCGGUGGUUGGGGCUACCUUCUAGGCGAUCGCGGUAGUGGAUGGUCAAUAGGCCUUUCCACCAUCCAGCUCAUGCUCACGCGCGAGGAAGAGAGACAAUUCGCACCAUCGCCACUCACUGACUUUGAACGAGCCGUACUGUGCGCCUUGGACGUCGACUCACCCAUCGAGCUCAUCUCGGCCGCGUAUAGAGAUCGCGUCUGCGCUACGGGCGGCAAUUUCUUCCAUGCUGAGGAUGCACGCAAGCGAUGGCUGGCAGAUACAACGCGUGUCGUGUUCGAGUACGCGUUUGAAGACGCUGGUCGAUCGGGGAAGCACUUGGCCAUCCAGCUGCUGCAUCAGGCGAUAGGAGAAUGCAUCGAGUCGAUUUCAAAACUUUGUUGUCCCAAAGACAGGAUUCGUCCCGAAACGAGCACCUUGGUGUUGGGCGGCGGACUAUGGUCUAACAGCAAGUUCUUGGAUCUCCUCGUCAAAAUUUGGAAAGAACAGGGUAGAAAUGGGUUCAAGAACAUUCACGUUGUCAAGAGUCCAGCACACGAAGCGGCCGCGUAUCUGGCAUUACAAUUUUUGGGCUCUCAGACAAUUACACAGUGA